UGAAAAUCGAAAAUCCAACAUAAUCUCAAAUUAACGAUAACAACAACAACAAAAUCCAACAAAAAUGAGUGUUUACUUUAGCAAAAAUAUUGCAUCUUCUUUGAAAUUUUGAUCGUAAUGUUUUGCAAUUGUAAAUCCGAUCCAAAAUGUCAAAUUCUAAUAGAAAAAAACAAGAAAAUAAUUAUGAACAACGACUUCAUCAUACACUUUCUCGAUAUGGAAAGAACAAAAAGAUUAAAAAACAUCGAUCGAUUCCGUCCAUGAAUGAUGUGCCAAAAUCACAAACGAAUGGAAUUCAUGAUGAGGAAAACGAUGGAGAAUUUGCAAUUUCUUUAAAUUUGGAUAAUUUUCGAACCUUAAAGUAUGAUGAAAAUGUAAAAUAUGCUGAUGAUACAACUGAUACAGAAUGUACGAAUGAUGAACCAUGUCGUUUUCAAGAUAUUGAAAGUGCAUUGGUAGUUCGAUGCAAAGAAGAUUAUCUAUUUGACAACAUUGACCAACAGAAUGAAGCGGCAAAAAAAUUAAAAUUAUCCAACAAUGAUCAUCAUGAUUUAUUUGACCGUUAUUUUCAAACACAAAUUUAUCGUUUAAAACGUGAAAGAUCUGGAUUCAUUUGGCGAUGUUUAGGAUUAAAAUUUGCCAAUAAUUUUUGGAAAAAUCGUGCCAAAGGUGAAAUGUGGCCUUUGUUCACUUAUUGGCUCAUUGCAAUGGAAUUGUUUAUUAUGAUUUAUUUGUCCACUUAUGGAAUUGUUCCAUGUGGUAAAACGGAGACUAAAGUUUCAAAAGUAAUUUGGCACCAGACCAAUUCGUUUCAGCCAGCAACCUAUUAUCAACAUCCAAAUAUAUGGUAUGGUCCAAGUUAUUCGGAUUUAAUUUCAGCAGGUGUAAAAUUUACACCAUGUAUGCGAAGAGAUAUGAAUAUAAUGAAAUCAAUUGAAAUGCGAAAUUCAUUAGAAAAUGAAUAUGGUUGCUGUCUACGAAAUGAUCUAAGCGGAUGUGUUCAAACAGCACAAUCACAAUGUUCAAAUCGAACUUCAUUCUGGAUUAAAUGGCCCAAUAGAUCCGGACCUGUAUGUGGUAAUGAUCCUCGUUAUUGUAUGGACAAAUCAAUGAACAUUAGUUAUGAAAAAAAUAUAACCGAUUGGCCUAUUUGUAAUCAAUAUGAUAAUGAAGCAAUCUAUCGUUCUAAAGAUCUUCAUAUGAAAUGUAAAGUACAAGCUCGUCCUUGUUGUGUUGGAAUCUAUGGUAAAUGUAUACUUGCAUCAAAAGAAUAUUGUGAAUUCAUCAAAGGUCAUCAUCAUCCUCAUGCUAGUCUUUGUUCACAAGUGAAUUGUAUGGAAGAUGUUUGUGGUGAUUCAUUAUGGCCACAUCAAUUUUAUCGUUUAUUUUUAUCAUUAUUCAUACAUGCUGGUUGGUUUCAAUUGUUGAUAAAUCUAGUAAUACAAUAUGUAUUCAUGAGACGAUUGGAACAAUUAUUGGGUAUUUGGCGUACCGUAUUGAUUUAUUUCUUAUCCGGUAUUGGUGGUAAUAUGGCCAGUGCAAUAUUUCUACCAUUAACACCUGAAGUAGGACCUAAUGCAUCAUUGUUGGGACUAAUUUCAUUUCUAUUCAUUGAAUGUUAUAGACAACAAAACAUUAAUGGAAAAGUGAUUAUAAUGCUUAAAAUAUUUGUUGCAUUAUUUAUACUUUUUGUACCUGGAUUUUUAUUACCAUUUGUCGAUAUCUAUUCAUUAGUAUUUGGUUUUAUAUACGGUUUUCUGAUCACAACCAUUGUACAUCCAGAUGAAAGUAAAUCAAUGACAUCAAGAAUAAUAGCAACAAUUUCGUUUAUUGUAUUAACAACAAUAUUGAUUGUAUUAUUUAUUUUUGCAACAGAUUUAUUGGAACAAUAUCGUUAUUAUACAAAUCUAUUGAAUUGUUUGCCAAUUAUUAUGGAUUGUUCAAAAAUCGAUAUUGUUUAUGAUGAAAUAAAAGCAUUGAAUUGAAUUGUAUAAAUCGUUGUAAUGAAUAAAAUUGAUUGAUUGAUUAUA